CCACGACCACGACCGCCAUGGCCUCGCCUUCUAAGGAUGCGACGGAUCUCAAUCCACGCACCACCCACUACGAGUUUCUGGGUCCGCCGGGCGCGCUCGCCAUCACCAUUGGUGUCCCUGCUAUGACCUACAUGCUCUACUACGGCUGCUCCGAAGAGACCGGUGGUUGCCCCCCGCCCAUCGACGUCGACAUCAUCCUCAACUCGCUCUCUACCGUUGACUUUUGGAAAGGCCUCUGGGACACUCAAGCAUUCCUCGCUUACCUCGCCUGGUACGCUUUCACUGUUGUCGCUUGGUUUAUCCUUCCAGGAGACUGGAUCGUGGGCACUGAGAUACGCAACGGGCAGAGAAAGAAGUACAAGAUCAACGCAUUCUCGACCAUGCUCCUCGCUCUUGGUCUCACGGCCGGCACUCUGUACCGCGAGGGCCCCCAGCCCUUCACCUUCAUAUAUGAGCAUUGGGUCGGCCUUGUCACUGCGUCCAUUGCCAUGUCGGUCUUUCAAGGCCUCCUUGUUUAUGCGCUGUCGUUCCGUAAAGGGGCUCUCCUCGCGCUCGGCGGAAACAGCGGCAACCCUAUUUACGACUUUUACAUCGGUCGCGAGCUCAACCCAUCCAUCGGUUCUUUCGACUUGAAGUCAUUCAACGAACUUCGUCCUGGUCUCAUACUCUGGAUGCUCAUUGACAUCGGCAUGGUCUGCGAACAGGCCAUGCGCCGCGGAGGCUUCAACAAGGUCACCGACUCGAUGUGGCUAGUGCUUGCGUUCCAGUCGUGGUAUGUCGUUGAUGCUCUCUACAACGAACCGGCUAUCUUCACCACCAUGGACAUCACUACGGAUGGUUUUGGCUUCAUGCUCGCCGUUGGUGAUCUUGCCUGGGUGCCGUUCGUUUAUUCCCUUCAGGCCCGCUACUUGGUCUUCAACCAGGUUGAACUCGGACCCAUCUACACCGCCAUUAUCAUCGCUGUGAAUCUGGCUGGUUACUAUAUCUUCCGAGUCGCGAACGGCGAGAAGAAUGAUUUCCGCAAUGGUCGCAACCCCAAGAACCUUCAGUACAUGACCACCGAGCGUGGCACGAAGCUUCUUACUUCGGGCUGGUGGGGCCGCUCACGCCACCCGAACUACAUGGGUGACCUCCUCAUGGCGUUUGCUUGGUCUCUCCCGACCGGCUUCAAGACGCCCAUCACAUACUUCUAUGUGAUCUACUUUGCCGUUCUUCUUAUGCAUCGUGAGAGACGUGACGACGAAGCAUGCCUGAAAAAGUAUGGCAAGGACUGGACGAAGUAUAAGAAACUCGUUCCUUGGCGUAUCAUCCCCUACGUGUACUGAGAUCAUAGGGAUGAUCUUGAUCUCUGCUGGGUGGUAUCGCUUGAGGGUGGAGGGGCGUAAUGGAGGGACCUGCAUGGACUGUGCUCUCGGAUGCUCUAUGCUUUCGGCCUAGUAUAUGAUGGAACGUACUCUAAUAAGGUCAAAAUGUGCUGACGAGAAUGAAAAGUUUCAAGAUACUAUCCGGGAGGCAACGAAUCGGUCGUGCCACCUGUCAC